AUGGCCUCAGAGCGGCACUCGACUCGACCGUUGCCGCCGCCGCAGCCGGACAAUAUCCUCUACACAAGCCCCGUCGCGACGUACCAGGCGCGCAGCCUACCGCUGAACAUCUUCGCUCUGAUUCUGACCUAUAUCGAUGACUUGGGCGACCUCGCGCGCAUCACGCGCACGUCGCGGCUAUGCUACUACAUGGCGCUGCCGCGGCUGUAUGACAAGGUGACGCUGCGGUCGUACUCGGAGUUGCGCUACACGGAAGAUGGGCGGCCGGAGGGCUACGGCAGCGGCAGCCCGUUCUCCAUGGGCCUCAAUGGGCUGGUGACGAAGAAUGUGGCCCAUUACGUGCGCAGCUUGCGGCUGGUGGGCCACUGGCGCGAGAGCGACAACGACGACUUCAAGAAGGGCCGGGUGCCGGACAACUCGAUGAUGCUGAACAUUGCGGUGCGGGCGGCCAUGGACCGGAUGGAGCGGCUGGAGGAGUUCCAGUGGGAGCUGAACACCAAGCCGCUGCAGACCAUCUACUCGGGCUUCCUCUCGUGCCCGACGCUCAAGUCGCUGACGCUCAAGUUCCCGGCGACGCGCAUUCCGCGGCCGACGGUCAUGAUCCCGCCGCUGCCGAACCUGCGCGAGUUCAAGGCCCUCGACAUGGACCCGCUGUGCUACCCGGACGACAUUUCCAUGCUUUUGCUGCACAGCAAAAAGCUCGAGUCGCUACACCUGCACUGGUCGCCACGCAUGCGCGAGGCCGGCGAGGAGAGCACCAACCUGCACGCCUACUUUGGCCGCACCAUCGCCGCCAACUACCGCCUGCCGCUCAAGAAGUUCAGCUUCAUCAACCUGUACACGCGCGCCAACGUCGACCUCGAGUCCCUCAUCGAUAUUGAGGGGCUGGAGGAGGUCAGCUUCAUCAACUGCAACACGCGCGACGCCAUCACCGUCUUUGUCGACGAGACGUGGCGCAUGGUCGAGUGGCGCCACAGCCCCAAGGCCCUGAAGAUGAUGCGCGGCGACGUGCUAGACUCGAAGCAAGCCGGUGUCAUGGCCACCCUGAAGGGCCUGGAGCGACUGUACCUCGUCAACGCGCGCUCGCGCUCCGACCGCACCACGCCGCCUUGCAACAGCGUCAGCAUCAACACCAACGCGUUCGACACGCGCACACCGCCGAAUUCCGGCUCAACCCCGUCGACGCCCAUGACCCGCGAGCACGCGUCCAUAGCCGGCGACUACCUGGCCGCCAUUACGCGCCAGGUGGGCCCCUCGCUGCGGCACCUGCUGCUGAGCGACCAGUGGGUGCUGGAGCCGGCGGUGCUGAUGACGCUGGCGCGGGCAUGCCCGAACCUCGAGCAGCUGGGCAUUGCGGUGGCGGUCCAUGACCUGGAGGCGCUGCACCAGGCACUACGGGUGCUGCCGCGGUUGUUUGCGCUGCGCAUCCUGCUGACGCGGUUGAAGGCCGAGGCGAUCGAGCUCAUGCAGAGCGUGGCUGACGAGCUGCACCAACAGGUGCUGGGCUACGAGCUGCGGCAUGCGCCGUGGGACCACGUGCGCUGGCUCGGGGUGGGCGACAUGUCGUUUGAGCUGGGCGGGACGCACGUGGUGCCGCUGGACGCGGCGGCCGCGGCCGGCUCGAACGGUCCGCAGGGGCGCGGCCAGGGCGACGAGCUCGCCGUCCGUCGCAUUGUGACGCGCGUGGAGCCCGAGGCCGUGCGCGACAUUGAGAUCUGGAAGAUGGAUUCUUUUGAGGUGUAUUGA